AUCGUCAUGUCAAUCUUUUUCAUUUCAUGUCGUUCGUGUCGUCUGUUAAAGUCAGUAAACCUUCAACCGCGUUACAGUAUUCUAUUAAUUAUUGUUGACUAUUUGUAUUAAAUUAUUAUUUAGCAUCUGAUGGUGACAGACAAGCAUUAACUUGGUAAUUACUUAGGCUAACUUACUUAAACAAUAUUCUUAAUUUACUGUUUUGUAGGCAAAAAGCCUACUAUGGGAGCACAAGUUAAGGAAAUUAGUAAGCUUAUCUGUGCUUUGUUAGCCCUUCAAUUGGUAGGGCUAAGUUUAAAUGCUGGCGUUUUAAAUGAAAACUCUGUUAGUAAAAGGAAGUUCACUAAUGAAUGGCAAGAAAUUGGGGAAGAUGAAGCUAUUCCACCAGGCCUUCAUAUAAGAAUAAAUUUAUCCACUGGUAAAAAAGAAGCUAAACUACUUGAUAAUGAAGAUACAAAGGAGGAAAAAACAUCAAUUGCUGUUGUUGAGGAAAAUGUAGAAACAAAUACUGUUGGCCUAGAUGAAUUAAAACUGGAGGAAAGAUUAAAGGAUAUACCAUCUGAAGCAACACCUACGACUCCUGAGGAAAUACAAAAAGUUAAGAAAACAUUCCGGCCUUAUGAUGAACUCAAGAAGGAUUUUGAAAAACUUAAAAUGUCUGUCAAGACAGAUUUAGAAGUAAUGGAUGAAUUAUUUGUGAAGUAUCAGAAGAUAAUGGAGAAACGCAAAGAACAAACCAUGGAAGAGUUGGGUAACCUGAACAUACUAUCACCUCUGGAGGAGAGCCACUUGGCCAUUCUGACAGACUUGGAAUACAUGGUGCAUCAGGUGGACAAUGCCAAGGAGUUCAUCCUCAGUGGUGGACUGCCGAUGAUAGUGUAUCCAUCCCUCAACUCGAGCUCGUCCGUGAUUCGGUCUGAGUCUGCUCGGCUACUGGGAGCUGCCGUCCAGAACAACGCUGUUUGUCAAAUUAAGGCUCUAGAGAGUGGUGCUCUAGACACAUUACUGAGAGUGUUGGCUUUAGACUCAGCUGCUAGCGUACGCUCCACUGCUGUGUAUGCUCUGAGUUGUCUGAUCAGACGGUUUCCUCUGGCCCAGAGUCAGUUUGUUGAUCUUGGUGGUUUGGCUGUACUUGCCUCUCUUUUUGACGGUGACUCAGGCGAACAGCUCAAAUUACAGGUUAAGGUGGUGACAUUUAUUGAUGAUCUUUUGGUCGAACGGCAUGAUGCUAAACUGUCUCAGUUAGAAGCAAUUACUGAAGAUGAGCCUCCUGAAGAAAAGACGCAAGCCAAAGAACGUCUUAGACAAUACCAGUUGGUUAAUCUAGAAACUCUUCUCAAAGAACAGCAAUGGUGCCAACAUCUAGUGAAGCUGUUCAAGAGAGAGUUGCAAGGCAAGAGCACUUCACUGUCAGACAACACAGUAGCAGCCCCAGACCUGGACGUGGUAGAGAAGGUCACCAAGGUUGAUGGUGUCUCUCACACCAGGAGUUGGUCCUAUGUUACACUAGUUAUGUUUGUAGGUGCCAACAUCUAGUGAAGCUGUUCAAGAGAGAGUUGCAAGGCAAGAGCACUUCACUGUCAGACAACACAGUAGCAGCCCCAGACCUGGACGUGGUAGAGAAGGUCACCAAGGCGAUGGUGUCUCUCACACCAGUUUGUCAUCAGGAGUUCCUAAGGGAUCCACUUACUCGCAAGCUCAUCCUCGGCCUCAUAGAGUGGCUCAAGCGGCUCAGUCUACAAGACGAGGACUCUUCAGAUGAAUACUAUGACAGACUGGCUGAUCAAGUCAAACUGCUGGGGGCUCGGCUACAAAUAUUCAACACAACACACACAUUACCAGAGCUGCUCUAACUUCUUCCAGUGCCCAAAUAUCAUUAAACUUGACUUAGUAAAGUUUCAUAUAUCAAAUUUAUUGUGUUACGUUUUGAUUUUAAUAAGACAUACACUUACUGUACACUUAAGACUUUUACCUACGGCCGUUUUUUAAAGUAGCCAUUUCAGUUCAGUUCUUAGAAUUGAAAAGUAUCGCUUAACAGCUGUUUACUUUCAUAACAGCAUAGUUUUAUUUCAUAACAGCAUAGUUUUUCUCAUAACAACACGGGUAAUGGACCACGGAGUAAAGGAUUGAGAGAAAAUAAGUAAAAUUGUAAUGUUUCGAACGUCAACUAAUCAGCUGAUCAGCUGAUCAGUUGACAAUUUUAAUUAUUGAUCCCACUUGUUCCUGUUGAUGCUCUCGUAUUCUUAACCUAAGUUGGUGGAAGUGAGAGGAAGGUAGAUUACUCUGAUUUAAAAAUGUCUGUCAUGAAAUUGAAGUUGACGAGAUAGAAAAGAGAGCAAAAACUUUUUGUGCUAACCUUUUGCCACCAAAAUCGAAACAAAGGUAUGAAAUUACAUACCCAAUUCAUUAAAUGGACGAAACAAAAUAAGGUUAAAUUGAUAAAUGAAAAUGUGCUUCUGGUUUAUGUUUGAAAACCUCUUAACAACUUUUCCCCCCAACUCGUUGUGGACCACAUAUUCGAUGCAGAGAUCUAACGGUAAAUUAACGGUUUCAUUAUAUUAUUCAGUUGCCCCAAAAAAUAUGCAAUAUUUCUCUAAUUUUGUCUGAUAUUCAUGGUAAGAAUGCUGCUAGCAGAAUCUAUUCCCUGAAAAAGUAACAUAUUAUUUAACAAAGUUUUACAAACACGUAAUUACAUGAAAUCAGCUGAUUAUACAAUAAGUCGUUGCAUCAAUUUCAGUGGCAAUGACAAUAAACGAAAACAUAACCUCUCUAAGAAGUUAUGAGUAUUGAUUAUUAGUUAAUAACAAACAGAUUGUUGGAAAUUAAAAUGGUCGUAGGUAAAGUAGUGUACGCAACUCGCGUUUCGCGUUAAUAGUCUUUACGACACUCGUAGAAGUAAGGCACGAGCCUUGGCUUUUUCUACUCGUGUCGUAAAGACUAACAUAACGCAAUCGUUGCGUAAACUACUAUAAAGUCCUGCACUCUAGUCUAAGUAAUGACACAGUAUGAAACAGUGUUGGAGAAAAGCGGUGUAAGUUCUAAAGGAAAACUGCUGGGGACUGUGAUAUGACAAUAAUAUCAAAGCACUAUAUUGCACUCACUUAAGUGCCUUUCUACCCUUUUUAAAACGUUUUUAUUAGCUCGCUUUCCAAUCAGAUUUAUACUAACUUUCCGAUGAGCUAGAGACUUGAAACAUGAAACAUGAAACAUAGCUCACAGAUGGAUGACGAUGCAAUAUUAUAAUUUUCAUAUUUCCCUUAGGCUACGCCCCAUGGGCUUGUUUUUAUUAGCUCACUUUCUUGUCCGGUACAAAUUUUGAUAUAGAUUUUAAACUAACUUCCUGAUGAGCAAUAUAAAAUAAGCAUUUCAAAGUAAAGAUAAACAUCUUAUUACAGAUAAUAAGGCUUUGGUUAUGUAUUAACAGGCCAUAUAAAAUAGAUUUAACAUAUUUUUUACACAUAAAGACUAAAAAGUAGAAAAUAAUUUAUAAAUCAAAAUAUUUUUUAAAAAUGUCACGUUUUUAAACGCACUAAAAUGUAGAAAAUAACGUAUAAAUAUGUUGAGAGAAUAAAUACUUGUAAGAUUUAAAACAAAAAACGUGGGACGCAUGCAAUAGAUCAUAAUAGUUCAAUAGGUGAAGAUAAUUGUAAAUUAGCAUGCACCCCACGUUUUUCGUUUAAAAAGUAUUUUUACUUAUAAAUUUUUAAGUCACAAAUAGAAUCUUAGACACUUGUGUUUUUGCACGGUGUUUAUUUGGCGCAGCAAACUAUUCAGUAGACAUCAGUAAACUGUUAGCCUGUUAAAUGCAAAUCCAUUCAGUUAGAGAGGAAAUGCAAUGUAUGUAUUUAUCCUAAAAACUAUUUUUUAUUUAUUUCAUCAGUUUAUAUUGUUAGCUUUCUGUUAAAUAAUGAAAAGGGGAUGAGGUUAAAGUAGUUUACACAAUGAUCAUGUAAUGGCUGAUUACACGAGUUGCGUACACUACUUUACCUAUGACCGUUUUUUUUUAAAUUACGUUUGUAAAAUUUCAUUACCUACUUAUAGGCCUACCUGUUGUUUUUUUUUUCAGAAAAUAGGAACUGUCAGCAGCAUUCUUACCAUAAGUACUGUUUCAGGUACAAGUAGACAAAUAUUGCAUAUUUUUUAUCAAUACAUACUCAGGUAUUAAAACAUUUAUAACAUUUCAAUCCAAAAAAACCAAAUCAAAUUAUGUCUUAAAUUAUUAUUAUUAUAUUAUGUGAAGGAUAAUCAAUAAAAGAUUUUGAGGAAGUUGGCAGAUCAUUAAUUGAAUUGGUUUCAAACACCAGCUAACAAGUUGGUGUUUGAAACAAUAAAAUUUUACUUAUUUUAUUUUGUCUUAAUCCUUGAACCCAGUACAGUACAUAUUCUCUUAACCACACUAGUGCUGUAAGAAGAAGUAAACAAUGCAGUGAAGUGAAUUUUUUUGAUAAAAAAAAUUGAAUUGGCUAGUUUACGAAACGUUGGUAGGUUAGGUAUUUAAAAUUUUAAUGCUUCAAAUGCAUCUUAUAAGCUGGUAAGGACCAAUUCAAUUGUUGAUCUGCCGACUUCCGCCAGAAACUCAAGCAUCCUUUCCUAAAGUAAAAUUAACCUAAAAAUGUGUGCAAAAGAUUUUAAGAUAAUCCUUCACUUAGAAUAGUAAUAAUUUAAGUACUUCAAUUUUGCUAUUUUGAUUUAAAUGUUGUAAAUAAACUAUUUCAAUAGAUUCAGUAUUGUUAAAAAAAUAUGUAAUAUUUUUGUCUAAUUGUGUCUGAAACUUGCUUAUGGUAAGAAUGCUGCUAUCAGUGGUGACCUAUUCCCCUGGAAAAGUUACAGAAACAGUAAAUGAUUAUUAAGUUUUAUUUUAAUUAAACAUAAUUAAAAAUCUGUCGUUGGUUAUGUGGUGUAAGAAACUUGUGUAGCCUUUAAGUACAAGUUUUUGAAGACUUGUGUCUUACGCAUAAUCAUUGCUACGAUUUACAGGUUAUAACUAAGCCUGUAAAAAUUACUAGUCAAUGACUAAAAUAUUAUUGAGAUAGAGUCUAAUUUUCAAUUAUUUUGUUAAAUGUAGCUAAUUUGUAAUUAAAUUUGCAAAUAAUUGUUAAUGUGUAA